AUGUCCAAAAUGAAUCAACCGGGCUCGUCUAAGAACGCUAGGAACAUGGAAGUGGAGACCGAUGAGUCUCGCCCUACACAACUUGAAACAAGAAAAGCAGAAGAUGCCCUUAAGACUGAGGCGGCAGAGAGUGGCCCCCCUGUUGCCGCUACGAAGCCUGUUUCUUCCAAGUGUAUUUCGAAGCUUAAAAAGCCUACUCACCCUAAGGCUGAGAAGUCUCCUGCAGCUAAGGUUGAAGAACUCGGUGCUGCUAAGACCACACUGUCAGUUACAGUUGAGAUUGAGGGAUCUGCUAAAACUGAUAUUGGAAAGCUGGGUGAAGAAGAAAAGGGGAAAAAGUCUUCUGCUGGUGAAAAGAAAGUUCCAAAAAAGCCCGAGAAACUUAAAUACAAGCAGAUGAUUCGCGCUCGCAGAAUAAGAUCUGAGGCCAAGAAAAAAGUUAUCAAACGUCUUAAGUAUCUUCGUCUGAAGAAAAUUUACAUCAAACACGCUCAGAAGCACUUGAUUGAGUACAGACGUGCUGCCAAGCGUGAGAUUAAUCUUAUGCGUAGUGCCCAGAAGGCUGGAAACUUCUAUGUUCCCGCCGAGCCCAAGCUUGCAUUCGUCGUGAGGAUUCGGGGUAUCAAUGGGAUUCACCCCAAACCUAGAAAGACUCUUCAGUUGAUGCGCCUUUUGCAGAUCAACAAUGGUGUUUUCGUUCGCCUAAACAAGGCUACGCUGAACAUGCUCCGCUUGAUCGACCCCUACAUCGCCUGGGGUUAUCCUUCUCUAAGAACCGUCCGACGGCUCAUUUAUAAGCGCGGUUUCUGUAAAGUUCGUGGCCAGAGGCUGCCACUUACCAACGAGCGCAUCCAACAUAGGCUCGGCCGUUUCGGAAUUCUGUGUGUGGAGGACCUGGUGCACGAGAUUUACACGGUCGGUCCCAACUUCAAAACGGCCUCUUCCUUCCUUUGGCGUUUCAAGCUGAACAAUCCGACGGGUGGCUUCCGCAAGAAGGGUAAACACUUUGUUGAGGGUGGUGAUUUUGGUAACCGGGAAAACUACAUCAACAAAUUGUUGAAAACCAUGAUUUGA